GUGUGUGUGUAUCUGUGUUAAUUAGCCCUUCAAUCCCCUCUGAUGUGGCCAGUGCUCUGCAGCCAUGUCAGUAAAUGACUAUGGACCAAAGUCCAACAUCACAUAACAAGAUUUCAGGAAGUGACUUUUAAGGAACGCGUGGAAACUGUGUGAAAUCAUUGUGUAGAACAGGUGUGUGUUUCAGACAUGGGGAUCAGCUUUGUGUUGCUGUGUAUGAUGCUGCUAGCCUGCGUGACACCUGUGUCUGCAGUGGCACAGCCAGGUAUCAUAGAGAGCCUCCUACUGGCCACCCUCCAGCGUCCCUGGCUCUGGGGGGUGUAUGUCUUCACUGUUGGACUGCCAGCCAUUCUCUUCGUCAGCUUCAUGUGGCCUGACAAGAGAUUUGGACCACCAAAUCAAGAGUAUUACUAUAAGAAGUCUGAUGACGCUCAACCAGAUGAUUCUGAGUACUCAAACCAGACAGAAGCAGUGGAUAUCAAAGGAACGUCUGACAGAGCUAGAGGGAGGAGGAGAGACACUCAUGGUAUCCCGAGGAAGGGCGACUUAGACCUAAAGGAUCAUUGAUCAGUGCGGUCUGAGGAAAGCACCACAGCUACAUAAGAGGAUGCCCGGCAAUCACAUCUUUGUCAAGUCAAGUAUUAAAAGUUGGAUAAAACUA